AUGGGAGAACCGAUCCAUGACAUUCCGUUGGCGAGCUCAACCCCCGUCUCUCUUAGCGUUUUACCUGAGGGGCACGAUGCUUUCCAGCCCUACAAAGUCGAGAAGUUUGACGACGGCCUUCGAUAUGACACUCUUCAAGUUCACGGAGGACACCGACCGGACAUAGAAACACAUGCUCGGGCAGUCCCAAUCUAUAACAGCGUGUCAUUCAUAUUCACAGAUAGUGAGCAUGCCAAGAGGGUGUGUGCCACCCAAGAAGCAGGCUACUUCUACAGUAGAGUAUCGAACCCAACGGUUGCAGUCUUCGAAAAACGGGCCGCCGCUUUGGAAGGAGGCACUGCUGCUGUAGCCACAGCCUCAGGACAGGCAGCAAUUUUCAACACAAUCAUCGGCCUAGCAGGAGCCGGUGAUAAUGUUGUGGCCUCAAUCAACUUAUAUGGAGGCACCUACAGCCUUUUCAAGACACUGCUUCCGCGACUUGGUAUCACUGUGAAGUGGGCCAAACAAGAGACCAGAGAAGAGUUUGCCAAACACAUUGAUGAAAAUACCAAGCUUCUCUUCGUCGAAAGUAUUGGAAAUCCUCGCUGCAGCAUUCCCGAUCUUCAGGGAUUGGCAGAUGUGGCACAUGAGAACCACGUUCCAUUUGUGGUUGACAACACAUUCGGAGCCUGUGGCACAUGGUGCCGCCCUAUUGAAUUUGGCGCCGACAUCAUCUUGCAUUCCGCCACGAAGUGGAUGGGUGGUCAUGGUACCACCGUCGGCGGAGUCAUCAUUGACUGUGGCACUUUCGACUGGGGUGCAGCGGGUCACCGGUUUCCUCGUAUGAUCAAGAAAGAUAGCCCAAUGAGCUUCUCAUACUGGAAAGCCUUCGGCAAUAUCUCGUUUGCGAUGGCGAUGAGGAUUGAUAUCUUGAUGGAGGUUGGGUCAAUACUGAGUCCAGCCUCAGCACAGCAGCUGCUCAUCGGAAUGGAGACACUGAGUCUACGCUGUGAGAGACACACCAAAAACACCAUGGCUGUGGCUCAGUUCUUGGAAUCACAUCCAAGAAUUGCGUGGGUUAACUACCCCGGCUUGGAAAAGAAUCAGUAUCACGGCAACGCCAAAAAGUACCUCAGAAAUGGUUACGGAGGCGUCCUUUCAUUUGGCCCCAAGGGAGGAGACGUCGCUAGCAAGAUGCUUAUGAAUUUUGUCAAGGUUAUAUCCCAUCAAACAAAUGUUGGAGACUCAAAGACUCUGGCCACUCACCCUUGGAAUUCCACUCAUGUCAUCAUGUCCGAGAAGGAUAGAAGAGAGGCUGGAAUCACCCCGGCAUUCAUUCGAUUCUCAGUUGGAACAGAGGAUGUUCGAGAUAUUAUCGAGGAUCUUGACCAAGCCUUGGCACGGCUCCCGGAUGACAUUGUUCACGUUCAUGAUGAGCGAUUGGAAGCUAAGCUAGCGGCUGCUAUUAGUGGUGCAACUUCCGCUGCAUCCAUCGACAGCGCCGACUUUAUGGACGCAGAUGUUUCCUUGUCCAAAGCCAACGUCCCGCUUGGACGUCAGACAGCAAUUGGAAACUGGUGA